AUGGUGUUAUCUCCAACAAAUGAUUUACGGUUUAACCACGGUCGUUGGAUUAAUCAAAUAAGCAAAAUUCUCGAAAAAGAGAUUUGGAUCGACAUAGAUGUCGCGGUUUCCAUUUUUCGUGUCCCCAAAAGCAUAACAAUUCACAAGCCCGACGCUUACGAGCCUCGUGUUGUCGGAUUAGGUCCUUAUCAUCAUUUUAAUCUCGAACUUUAUGAGAUGGAAAGAUAUAAACUCCUAGCUGCGGGAAGGCUGCAAAAACAAGUCUUUCACAACGUAACUGAUUUCAAGGAUCUAAUACAAAGUCUAUCACAAUUUGAAUAUAAAGUUCGAGCUUCUUAUCACAAGUAUUUAGAUUUUGAUGUGGAGACUCUAACUUGGGUCAUGACGAUUGAUUCAAUGUUCUUGCUAGAGUUUCUUUACUUUCACACGCAUGCAGAUGCCGGUCAAUCUCAAUUGGUCAAGUACGCUGCCGGUAGAUUAGAACUUACGUUUGACGCGAUUCUCGGCGAUGUCAUGAUGCUCGAGAAUCAAAUUCCUAUAUUUUUCAUGCGAGAAACUUUGUUUGCUCUUAGUUCGAAUAGAAAGGUUAGCGAUGAGAUGUUGGCUUCCAUGCUUUUGGACUUUUGUAAAUUGGUUUCACCUGUCAAGUUUGAAGAUCGAGUUCUCAAUGAAUGCGACGUUUUGAAGCGUUCACAUCUAUUGGACCUUUUGUACCAUUUCAUUGUGCCCAAAACUAUGGAGCAACCCGACAUGAUAAGCUCCGACAACUUGAACGGUCGGUCUGGUUCCACAAGUUACGAUCGACCAAAGUCAACAUCAUCGGACUCAACAAAUGAUCACGAUAGUUUUCGUGAGCUUUUCGACGAAAUGUUAGACGUAGCAUCGGACGUUAAACGAGUAAACAAAAUCGCAGCCCCAAUCCAGGCCGUGAUGCCAAUGUUCUCAGAAUUAGCUUCAAGGUCCGACCAAGAACAACAACAUCCCAUGGUCGAUGAAAUCAUGAUUCCUUCCGUGUCACGUCUUGUCAAAACGGGAAUUCAAUUUUGCCCUAUGACUUCCGGCGGGAUCGAGUCCAUUAAAUUCGAUGAGAAAACGCGAAACUUUUACCUCCCGGUGAUCACCUUGAAUAAUAACACCGACGUGGUCAUUAGAAACUUGGUAGCGUACGAAGCUUCAGUCGAGGCGGGACCACUUGUUUUAUCGAGAUACAUCGAAUUAAUGCACGGGAUUAUCGAUACCGCCGAAGAUGCAAAGAUAUUGAGGGAGAGUGGAAUCAUCGUGAACAAUCUAAAGAGCGAUGUGGUGGCAGCAGAGAUGUUCAAUGGGGUGACAAAGUCGGUUAGGUUAACGAAUGUUUCGCAUAUUGAUAAGGUCAUUGAAGAUGUGAACAAGUAUGUGAAUAAUAAGAUGCGAGUUCAGAUUCAUAAGCGAUUCAAAAGAUUUAUCUAUCGAUCUUGGAGAUUGUUAACGGUUGUGGCGAUCAUAUUGCUGAUCUUGAUGAUGAUUUUGCAAUCGUUUUGCUCCAUCUAUAAUUGCCCUCGUGUUUUCAAUACAAUAUCUGAGGAUUGA